GACUCCGCUAACAGGUGAUGGCUGUAUGCUCCUGCACAAAGCUUCUUCCACACCCAAAAUGUCAGCGUCUUCUUUCCUAAGAUGUCCAUCAAUGCUCGUUCAGGCUGACAAGAGAGCCAUUAGGGGCUUGGAAAAGGGCGUUUUUGCAAAUGUCCAUCUGCUAUUCACUUUUAGCCUCUAUUACAUGUUGAAAGCUCUGAUUAUUUACUGUCUCCCUCUGAAUGGUUGUUAAUCACAGCUCUGUGCAGGUGCAUCAUGAGCAUGUUUAAUCAUCCUGCAGAAAAUAUACAAGGACACACAAACACACACACACACACACACACACACACACACACACACACACCCUCCCCCACCUCCUGCAGAACACAACUGUUUCCCUCGCCCAUGAUGUAAUGCUACCAGACCCCUCCUCUGCCAUCUCUCACACACCCUCUCCAUCCCCUUCGCCUCUUGCUAUUGGUGGCUCCAGUCUGCAUCUGCUGGAUCAGCACACACACAUGCACUCACUUUACACACCGGUAAGAGGAGGACGAGGAGGGGGGAUUCCACGGCCACUGCAGCUUCCGAUCCAUCCACCUGUCCGCGCACCCCGAAGACUGCAGCCACCAUUGGAUCUUUGGCGUGGAUGUGUUUUUUUAAUUGCAUUUAGCGGGCAGGAACGAUGACCACUGCUCAGAGUUUAGUGCGGAUCAAAUCCACCAGCAAAAAACAGGCGGGGUUCUAAUCCAGAAAGGAUUCUUCGUUUUUGUGCGAAGCGUCUGCUCACUGUGUGCGAGGAGGACCUGUGGGAAUACAAGGAUCAAGUCAAGGGCACGUUCACUGCCUCGCCGCAUCCCCUUCCCACUUCCAAAGAUGUCGGCGAGGAUAGAAAGCUGAGCUCCGGAGUCUGGUCGAGCUUCAUGAAUUCCGAGGAAAGUUAAAACAAACACUGUUGCUUCGUGUUUGUUGCUGCAAGGGUAGGAUAACCAUGUGGACAUUAGCGGCAGGCACGGGCAGCCUCGCGGUUGCCGCCCUCCUGUUGGCCCUCUGCGUCCAAUCAGCAACAACCAUGGACGACGAUGUGAUGCCGCGAAUCACUUUCCCAUACAAUGCGAAGGAGAGAUCGGCCAAGAGGUUCUCUGCCGAGGGCGUCUUCAAUUACACAUCGCUGCUGCUUAGCCAGGAGGACGACAUGCUGUACGUGGGGGCCCGGGAGGCGCUGUUUGCCCUCAGCCUCUCCGACAUCAGCAGGAUUAAGCUGCAGAAAAAUCUAACUUGGGCUACGCCGCUUGGAAAGAGAGAAGAGUGCAGCUUCAAAGGGAAGAACCUCAAGACUGAUUGCUUCAAUUACAUCAAGAUUCUGCUGCGUCUCAACAGCACGCACCUGUACGUGUGCGGCACCUACGCUUUCAGUCCAGUUUGCAGCUACAUAAACACGUCCACGUUCACCCUGGCGAGGGAUGACGUCGGCGAGGUGGCGAUGGAGGACGGACGCAGCCGCUGCCCUUUUAAUCCUGAAUAUAAAUCCACUGCCAUCAUCGUUGAUGGUGAGUUGUACACAGGCACAGUCAGCAACUUCCAAGGCAACGAGCCUGUCAUUUAUAAGAGUUUGGGCCAAGGAACUGCACUAAAGACGGAAAACUCUUUAAAAUGGCUGCAAGAUCCCAUCUUCGUGGGCUCGGCUUACAUAGAAGAGAGUCAGCCAAUAGGGAACCCCGUGGGCGAUGACGACAAGAUUUACUUCUUCUUCAGCGAGGCGGGGAAGGAAUUUGACUUCUUCGACAACACCAUUGUGUCGAGGAUCGCUCGCGUGUGCAAGGGAGACAGAGGUGGUGAGCGUGUGCUGCAGAAGAAGUGGACCACCUUCCUGAAGGCCCAGCUCCUGUGUUCCCUGCCCGAUGACGGUUUCCCUUUCAACAUCAUCCAGGACAUGUUUGUCUUGAAGCCCAUGGGAGACAGCUGGGAGAGCACCGUCUUCUACGGCGUUUUCACAUCACAGUGGUACAAAGGCGCGUCGGGCAGCUCAGCAGUUUGUGCCUUCACCAUGGCACAGGUGGAGCGGGCCUUCAGUGGGCGCUACAGGCAGGUCAACAGGGAGACCCAGCAGUGGUACACAUACAACCACCCUGCACCAGAACCACGGCCCGGAGCGUGUGUGACCAACCACGCCAGGCAAAUGGGAAUCCAGUCGUCCUUGCACAUGCCUGACAAGGUGCUCAACUUUGUCAAGGACCAUUUCCUGAUGGACAGCGUGAUCCGCAGCGCCCCUUUGCUGCUGAAACGCAGCGUACGCUACACGCAGAUUGCCGUUCACAAGAUCCAGGGCAUGGAGAGGGCCUACGACGUGCUCUUCAUCGGAACAGAUGACGGAAAGCUGCACAAGGCCAUCAACACUAACGACAAGAUGCACAUCAUCGAAGAGAUGGUUCUGUUUGCCGACCCGCAGCCCGUGCAACACAUCGAACUGGACCCUCAGAGGGGCCUUUUGUUUGUGUCGUCAUACUCGGGCCUGGUGGAGGUACCCGUGGCCAAUUGCUCCAACUACCCAAGCUGCGGCGAGUGUGUCCUGUCCAGAGAUCCUUACUGCGCCUGGACCGGACGCCUUUGUCGGGACGUUAGGAUGGCACCGCCUGACAGCCACUGGCAGCAAGAUGUGGAGGAGGCUGACACAUCGGCCAUUUGUAAUAGGACGCUCUCAGGCCCGAGAUCUGCCCGACCAGCAACUGCCCGUGGGUCCCGUUGCCAGCUUAUCACAAUUCCUCCCAACACAUUCCGGGUGUUGCCCUGCAAGCUGCGCUCCAACCUGGCCCGGAGGAAGUGGCGUUACAGCGACGGCGCCAGCCAGUCCCUGUACGCCACGCCCGAGGGCAGCCUGGUGGUGGUGGCGCAGGCCGACAAGACGGAGACCUACGAGUGCUGGUCGGAGGAGGAGAGCUUCCGCCAGCUGCUGGCCAACUACUGCGUGCGAGCGGAACCCCGGCAGGAGAGCACCACGACGGCGGUGGGCCACUCGCGCACGCCGCACGUGAGGCUCGAGGAGGUCAUGAUCCUUCCUGGCGAGUCUCGCUCGGAGCAGAUCCACACAAAGACCUACUGGAACGAGCUCAUUGUGGUGUGCGCGCUGCUCGCCUUCUCCCUCGUUGUCUUCUCCUUGUUCGUCAUCUACCGCAACCGCGACCACAUGAAGUCCAUGCUCAAGCAGGGCGAGCGCGCCAGCAUGCAGCAGAAGAAGCCCAGGAUAGCCAGCAAGCCCACAGAGAGCCUGCCGCUCAACGGCAACACCAUCCCCGUGUCCACAUCGGACCACAAGGGCUACCAGACGCUCAACGACAACUACAUCUGCAGCACGCCCACCAGGGAGUCCUCGCCGGAGAGCAAGAGCUUCUCCGACGCUUCCGACGGCCGACCGCUCAACGUCAAGGAGAGCCACGUGGAGUACUCGCCCACUUGUCCCCGGCCCAGAGUGCGGUUAGGCUCAGAGAUUAAAGACUCCAUCGUGUGAGACCAUCACUGGCGGCUUUUUAUUUUGCUCAUUGUCUUUGCUUUCAAGCUGCACGCGGGAUGGGAAGAGCAGCUCCAGCAAGGGUUGAGGACUUGGCAGCUGCUCUCCACUAGUUUUAGUCAUUUCCUCAUGUCCACUAAUUGCAUCCAAUAUGCGUGCACAGAGCGGCAAAGCAA